GGCAGGUUUAAAAGAAUUUCAUGGAACAUUAUAUGACCUGAAAGGAGUGAACAUGUCUCCAUGGGCCUGUCCUAAGGUUUUCACUGCUUUGCAGAGGAGUAAGAGACAAUUGUGUGCCCUUUCUGGGGCUGAAGUAUGGUGAUUUUACUCUUACUGCUAUUUUUACUCCUGCGCUGCAGAAAUGGACCCGGAGGAGGUAGCUGAAGCUCGCUGCGCAGCCUGCGAGCCGCUGGGGGCGGUGGGGCAGGAUGAGGAUGCCCUUGAGGACUCCUUCGUCCAGCUGUCCACACCUGUAGAAGAGGAGAACAGCCUCCUGGAGAUGACCCCUGAGCAAAUCCAGCAGGAGAUUCAGCGUUGCAAGGAGCUUUGCAGUGUGCUGGAGCAAGACUGUGUGGAGCUGCAAAUAGCCAAGGAAACUGUAGACCAGAGGACACGAGAGCUGUGGAAGGAGGGAGAAUGCCUUCAUAAAUAUCUUGAGCAACAAAUAUCUCUGAGCGGGGUCCACUUGGCAUCCCGCCAGGAGAGCAUCUGUUCAGCAAAGGAGGAGAACAGCAGACUGAGGCAGGAGAAGCAGAUGCUGGAAAAGAGACUAGAAGAAGUGAAGAGGAGGGGCCUUGCAGAGGAUCUAGCAACACUGCUGCCUUCCCUGCCUGAGAGGAAAAUGGUCUUCAAGGGCCAGGUGAUGGACAAGGAGGACGUGAGCACGCUGACACUCGUGCCAAAGAUCUGCUACCCACUGCCGGGUGGCUCAGCCCUCAUCACCUUUGAGAAGCCAGAGGUGGCCCAGAGGAUCAUGGAGCUGAAGGAACAUGUUGUGGAGCUGAGCCAUGGGGAGGAGCCAGACAGGUGCCGAAUGCGAGUGCAGGCAGAGCCGGUGGAGCUACUGCUGCCCUCCUCCCUGGAGAUCAGUCUGAGCCAGAGCUCCCGGCAGAUUCUGGUGUCCGGCCUGCCCAGCCUGGGCAUCCCCGAGGAAAUGCUGCUGGACAAGCUGGAGCUCUUCUUCAGCAAGUCGAAGAAUGGGGGCGGUGAGGUGGAGAGCCUGGACUUCCUGGAAAAUGCCAGCCAGGUGGUGAUGAGCUUCGUGCAGCAUGGAGUGGCGGAGCAGCUAAUAGCUAGAGGACGCAUCCAGUUCCCUCUCAAGAAAGCAAAAUAUGAAAUCAAAAUAUCGCCCUACAUGCGUGGAGACAUCACUGGCCUGCAGCUCCGGCCGUCCCGCUGCGCCAGGACCGUUCUUCUCUCGGGGAUCCCGGAUGUGCUGGAUGAAGAGCUCAUGAAGGAUGCUCUGGAGAUCCACUUCCAGAAGGGCAGCCGCGGCGGGGGAGAGGUGGAUGUCCUCAGCUAUGUCCCGGAGGGGCGACAGGCCAUGGCCGUGUUCGAGGAAGACAGGGGCUAGCCCUCGCCACCGCCGCCUGGGCUGCCACCGGCUGCGCUUGCUGGCCCCUGGGCCAGGGAGGAAUAAAGCUCUCGCAGGGCA